AUGGAGCACCACUCGCGCUGCAGAGCCGCCCUCUCUGCGUCGACUUCUUCGCGCUCUGUCUACGACCCUCUUUUCUCCCGCGAGCGCCGACAGCUCUCCGACCAGCCGGAAAACGGAGAAGCCUCGGUUGUGCGUCCUCCUGGAAAGGUCGGCGCGGCUCGGAGUGCAUCGCGCAGUCGCGGAACGGAGGUCUCUUCUUCAGACACGCACCCACCUCCCCAGCGAGAGGUCGGAGAAGCGUCUUUCUCUGCUGGAGAGGCGGCUCUCCGAGACUCGGGGAACUCGCUCUCCUCUCGCGGCUCGCGACUGGCGACUUCUCGGUGUGACACCACUCGCUCCUCUUUCGGAGAGACUCCCGGGUCUUGCGAGCCCCCUUCGUCUCGAGAGUCACAGAGUCGAGACGAGGACGCGUUCAACGCGAAGCUGAAGAGACAGUCCCGAAGAACUCGCAGCCGCAGCCGAGGACGAAGCGAGAGGGAGAGAGAAGCUGAGAGACGAGAGAGAGAAGGACUGGGUUCCAGAGAAGAAAGACACUGGAGAGAACGAAGGGAAGGGAGAGAAGAGAGGGGAACCGAGAGGAGAGAAGGGAGAAGACACCCUGAAGGAGGACUGGAACGCUUGUUGCAAGUCGCUGCUGGGGCAACCGCAGCAGCAGAGGAAGCAGAGAAAGCGCGACGAGAAGCUGCGUUGCUGCGAGCAGCUGAGUGGCAAAGUCGUGCGGAGGAUACUCGCCUUCUACGGGGGGUGCCUAGGAGAGGAAUCGUGGAGUUCUCUCCUAAGUCCCUCGACAAGGCCGACAGACCUCGAAUCCCUGGCGGCGACUGUCCUUUUGAAAAGCGAGAGAACGAGCGCUCCGACAGAGAGCGAGGCGCCGCCAGCUGGGAAGUGAAGAAGGACCUGGCGGACGCGAAGGUGAAGAGCGAAAGCUUCCACGCAGCUACGAAGAGGGAGAAACGGGAGGAACAGACAGGGCUCACCCGGAGUCGGAAUCCGCGAAGUUUCUCCAAGUCACCGAACGAGGAGCACGAGGAAAAACACCCAUUUGCUUGGGGUCGACCCUCAGAGACUGGAACAGGACUCGUGAAGGAUGACGCUCGACAGGGGCAGCAUGAAACAGAGAAACAAGAUGCGUUGAGGCCAAAUUUCGAGCCCUCUGGACUGCUCAGCGAGGACCGGGGCGAGAACUCGAGAAACGGCGUCUCCUUGAAGCACACAGAGCCCGCAGACGCCGCCAUGCCCUCGAAGAAGUGGCGCCUCUACAUGUUCAAGAACGAUCGAACGAAACCUGCAGCAGAGGUCGCGAAUCAAGAGCCUGACAAGACGCUCCACCUCCAUCGCCGUUCGUCUUUCAUUUUCGGAAAAGACAAUCGCGUCGCCGACAUUCUCCUCAUGCAUCCGACGAUCUCCAAACAGCAUGCAGUUCUGCAGUUUCGACGGAAACUCGGAGACGUCAGUCCCUACAUAAUCGACCUUGAAAGCACUAACGGGACGUACUUAAACGGCGCGAAAAUUGAGACGUGUCGCUACUACCAGCUCAGAGAACAAGACACUCUUCGAUUCGGGAAGAGCACUCGAGACUUCGUUCUUCUGCACGCUGGAAGCGUGGCUGUGGACCUCAGCUACAAUUCUUUCUUGGACUCCCGGAGUGGAGGGCAGUCGACAGAGGACUAGUCGCUCCCAGGCAACGGGGGAAGAAACCGUCUGCAAGAGAGGAAGACACAGAAGAAAAAGAAGAGAAAGGAGACGUGGAGCAGGAACGCAGAAGGCAAAAGAAAAAAAAGCGGAGUCGCAGACAGGAGCGAAGGAAAGAGAAACACGAACAGGGUGUACAAACAUGGAGACAGAAGAGUUGACAUGCAUGCGCAAAGGCGGCAUGCUUGCGUGUGGAACUGCGUUUGGUGUGGCUGUCGUUCCCCCUUUUUUUCGAUUUUCUUUUUCUCUUCCGCUUUUCCACGUCAUUUUGAAAGUAUGACUAACUGCUUGCAAGUUUCCCUUGAACAACAGUGUAAAUCCAUUUCCCG